AUGGCUCCUACUCCUCAGUCUCCCCCAAACUUCGAAGCUAUGGCAAGUUUCUACAGCCAAGUCGUCGAGCAUUUCAACGGCCUAGCUGCCCAACAAAGUCGGCUGAAGGAGCAUCGUCCCGACCAGGAAGAUCGCAGCGAACUCACAACGCUCCUGGUCGAGAUCUGCGACAAGAUAGACGGCUUAAACAAGCGGAUGGACAUGACGGUCACUCGCAUGAACAAGAUGGAGAGAGUGAUGCGCGACAUCCACCAGGACAUCAAGAACAGCCGCAACAAUCUGCGCAAGGACAUCACCGACAUCAAAGAAGACUUGUGCGACCAGAUGUCGAGCGAGUCCAAGGCCCUGAGUGGCAAUAUGGACAAGGGAUUCGUUAAGCUUCGCGAAGACACACAGGCAGUCCAUGCUGAAGUCAUGGACCAGCACACGAUGCUCAACUCCUUCCCUGUCCAUCCCAGUGUCGCUCCCACUAUGAACAACCGCGAGGCCCAGAAGAACAGCGACAACGUCGGCUCCAGCAUGAUUUUUGGGGGUUCUCCGACUAAGCGGGAAAACAACAGUACUUUCGGCGCAGAGGACAUGAAAAAGAGCUCUCCUUUCGGCGGACUUGGUUGCUCCAACGGCAAUGCCUUCGGUACCUUUGGUCGCAGGUUGUCAAAGUAGUUAUGCAGCAUGCUUAGGAUGACAUGAUUGCGUAGUUCUGGGGACCAUGGACGGCAACCUAUUGCCUACUGUCACUGCUUGAAUUUCCCUUUCUUUUGCAGCUUUCAGUACGCUAUGAAAAGAUAACAAAGCGGUUUAAUCCCUGGGCACAAAACAAUGUACGAUUGAACGUUUUGAAGCACUGUUCUUUCUUCCACAUCCACUCCCGUUUCUUUCAUACAAUGCUA